UAUUUUCAAUAUGGCGCCUCCCAAGACGAAAUUCAGCGAAGGUGAAAGAGUUCUUUGCUUCCAUGGCCCUCUACUGUAUGAAGCUAAAUGUGUAAAGUCAGUUAUUAAAGAUAAGGCAGUCAGGUACUUCAUUCACUACAAUGGUUGGAACAAAAAUUGGGAUGAGUGGGUGCCGGAGAGUAGAGCGUUGAAGUUUAACGAAGCAAAUCUACAGAAACAGAAGGAACUUUUCAAGGCCCAACAAGUUAACGCCAAACGAGCCCGGGCUCAGAAACAGAAACUUGACAAAGUAAAAGAAGGAGACAAGGAGAAGGAACGAGAAAGAGCACCGACACCGUCUGUCGAGAAAAACACAGUCAAAAAGACGAAACCAGAACCACAGGUUGCUGCGGAGCCUGUCAGCACACCAACACCUGUAGAGCCACCAAGGAAAAAGAGGGCUCGCGCUGAUGCUACUGUGGAAAAUGAGGAAUCUUUUGUGAACAAGGUUGAGAUUAAGGUCAAAGUUCAUGAUGAGCUCAAACCAAUCUUGGUGGAUGACUGGGACCUCAUUACAAGACAGAAGAUGCUGUUGCAUCUACCAGCCAAGAACACAGUGGACUCCAUCCUGAAUGAUUAUGUCAAACACAAGAAGCUAAAGAAGGACAUCACUCCAGCAAAAGAGAGUGGUAUUGUUGAGGUCACACAGGGACUGAAGGAGUAUUUCAAUGUCAUGCUUGGAACACAACUUCUUUACAAGUUUGAGAGACCACAGUAUGCCGAUAUCCUUGUGAGUCAUCCCGACGAACCGUUGUCAAGAAUCUACGGCGCUCAUCAUCUCCUAAGACUCUUUGUGAAGCUAGGGAGUCUCCUGGCCUACACCCCACUGGACGAGAAGAGCGUCCAGCUCCUCUUGACCCACCUCCAAGACUUCAUGAAAUACCUUCACAAGAACUCCUCCACGCUGUUCAGCACCGGCGACUACGAUACGGCACCGCCAGAGUACCACCGCAAAGCAGUCUGAAGAAGAAGACCGCCGGAGGCGAGUGUCGUAACAAUUAAAGUAGCCAAAAAGAAUGUAUUGCUCCUUCCAAAACAAAUUCAAAUGCUUUUGAUCUCUGGCUCCAUGGUCAUAUAUUGGUCGAUGUGGCUGGCUGCCAAAAGUGCCGCACCCAGGCACUUUAGGAACAUGAGUAGAUGUUUUCCCGUUGAAAAUCUGUCGUAAACUACGCCCACUUUACACAGGCUGCCUCCCAAGAACUAUCAGAGGCCCGUAGGGAAGUCGAUGAGCUUGAUUUUUGUUCAGAAUUAACGCAGCAUGAAGCUAUAAAGCUGUGGUAGACUUUGAAACAUUUUUUAGCAAAGGCCUCACAGUUUGUAUUAUUUCUGUCCUUAACAACUUGUCUUCGAAUGGUAAAAUGAGGGAAGUUAGGCUGAAUUACAGACAUUGUGUGCUAGUGUUGGAGUUGCAAGUUAUUCGGCCCUCUGUCACCCUUACUGUGAAUUGUGUACAAAUUUUGUAAAAUAGCGCCCUCUUCCGACUAACUUCCUUUAACCCAUGUUAACAUACCGUAUAAUGGGGACACACAUACCCGAAAGCAAACAAACUGUGUUUGCGAGUUAUCAAUUUCUUCAAUACCAACAGGAUUCUCCUUACUGAGGUUGUAAAGUUUAAAUUUUUGUUUUAUAGCAAAAGAAAGUUUUCAAUCUAAAAGCUUACUUGCUAUAGAGUUGGUACUGGCAAACAUUUGGUAAUUUGUUUUCUCACCCUUUACUGCAAAGCCAAAUUGUAAUAAUCAUGUACAUAAACAAGUAAUAACUCAAAUAAAAUAAAACAAUUCUUGACAACUAGUGACUAAUUUUAUAAGCAUUUUCACAGACUGGUUGUAUAAUGUAUUCAACAAAAACAAGAGGAUUAGAAAUAAUUCUUGCAAAACCAAUGAUGAUACAUUUCGUAAUUGUAUGGCCUAAUAACGUCAGCUCAUUGCUAUAAGGUUGAUGUUUACAAUUUCAUGUUAAAAGCCUUAAAUCCGAACUUAGCCCUAUGUUGAACCUAAAUGUCAUUUCUACUGUAUAUAUACAUGUAACUAAUAAAUGUCUGUCGUUUAAUAAAACAUUUUAGACCUUACAGAUGCACUUCAUUUCAUUUGACAAACUUCACUCCGAGAGUUAGCCCCCCCCCCC